AUGUCGUUGACACCGUCGUCUUUUUGGCCAGGUCCAUCAGCCUUGGGAACUUCAACGGUGGCCCUGGGCGCUACGGUCACGGGUCUGCUCACUCUAUGGGUGCUGUAUCGAUGGGCUCUACCGCGACCAAUCCGUGGAAUCCCAUGCAAUGUGGCAGCAUCGAGAUCUAUUCUUGGCGAUCUCCCCAGUAUAUUGUCGUAUAUUAAAGAAACAAAUCAAAUAUGGCCCUGGAUUUCCCGACAGACGACAGAUCACCAAUCACCCAUAGUACAAGUCUUCCCCCGCCCACUGUCCAAGCCAUGGGUGAUCAUAUCGGAUUUUCGGGAAAGCCAAGAUAUUCUCCUUCGUCGGACGAAAGAGUUCGACGGAAGUGAUAUACUUGGAGAUAUAUUCGAUGGGUUACUUCCCGAUUUCCAUCAACAUAUGAAGUCGACCGACAGCCAUUUUAAGGCUAAUCGAGCUCUGCUGAAAGAUUUAAUGACACCGGGGUUCCUGAACGAGGUAGAAGCUCCCCAAGUCUACCGAAAUGCUGAAACCCUCGUCGAUUUAUGGAAUCUCAAAUGUCGAUUAGCCGAUGGUCGUCCAUUCAAGGCUUCGACCGAUAUUUACAAUGCUGCUCUCGACACCGUAUUCGCCGCGACCUUUGGCCUCGAGGCUCGGAACAAUACGAACACCUCGCAAUUACAACAGCUUCUCAAGCAUUCACCUGGUAGUGACAUAGACAAAUCGAUGGAACAGACCGUCAUAUUUUCCCAGUUCCCUCGUCCAGCCAUUUUUGACGCUAUCAUAGAGCUCACCGAAUCUCUCGAAACCGCUGUUAAGGCGCCAUUUCCUCGCUUAGGACACUGGCUACUACGAUGGGCGCCUCGUCUACAAAGGGCACGAGCCGUGACAGAAUGGUUUAUUCGUAACGAGGUAGAGAGUGUUGGCAAACGAGUUCUUUCAGGCGACUACAGCCGUACGGAACGCUCGGCUUUGGGUGAUAUCUUACAGCGAGAACUCAGUCUGUCAAAGAAAGAAGGACGACAACUGAAUUUCCAUUCUCGAAGCAUCUACGAUGAGGUCUUCGGCUUUAUCAUUGCAGGACAUGAUAGCUCUUCCACCACGCUUUGCUGGGAUUUAAAGCAUUUCGCUGUUUUUCAAGAUGCUCAGGGAACUCUUCGUUUAAAGCUACGGACGGCUUAUGCGGCUGCAACCAAGGCUCGCCGUAAUCCAACCGCGGAAGAAAUCGCGUUGAUCCAAGUUCCGUACCUUGACGCAGCGCUCGAAGAGAUGGUGCGAACAGUACGCUUGCUUCCCGGCAUUCCUCGGACUACCAUGACUGACGUACUGGUUAUGGGCUAUACGAUUCCUAAGGGUAUUAAUAUAUGGCUACUGCAGACGGGGCCAGGCUAUUUCACGCCAGCGCUUCCAGUUCCCGAUACCGUGCGCAGUCCAAGCAGCUUGCAGGCCAAGUACGAUGUCGGAACUUGGGACCCGACAAAUAUGGAUAAGUUCCUACCCGAGAGAUGGCUCGUGAAGGGUGAAGAUGGACAAGAGGUCUUCAACCCUCAUGCUGGCCCACAGUUGUCCUUUGGACUCGGUCCUCGCGCCUGUUUCGGCCGUCGUUUGGCUUAUCUGCAGAUGCGAAUCAUCCUCGUUCUGAUGAUUUGGAACUUCGAGCUGCUGCCUCUCCCCCAGGAGUUGAGCUCAUUCCAAGCUGUGGACAGGAUGAUCAUUCAACCUGUCCAAACGCAUGUCAGGCUCAAGAAAGUAGUAUAG